GAGAGCGGCUCCCCGUCUUCAAGUGCUUCACCUAACAUCAACAUUAAUUUGGGGAUGGCCCGCAGCAGCGUUCCGACAAGCGGGGUGUGGAUGCUGGCGCUGCUGGUGCUGGGCUCGUUGCUAGGCGCCCUCGGCGAGCCGCAGGCCGGUGGCGACUGGAACGCGCUGUCCGGCAUGUGGGGCAAACGUGCCUCCUCCGACUGGAACCGCCUCUCCAGCAUGUGGGGCAAGCGGGGACCCUACGGACCCUACCAGGCUUUGCUGCUGCGUGCCGGAGAGUCUGGAGAAGGCGCAGGACACGGCAUCAGCGCUCGUGCCGCUGGCCCGGCUGUGUUGCGCGAGAACCACUGGAAUGACCUCAGCGGCUACUGGGGCUGAGUCCCUGCCGAGGUUUACCACCGUGUGCCCCCGACGACCGAAAGCCCUUUGGUCGCCUCCGCUGGUCCCUCGAGAACUGGCAGACAUGUGUACAUAGGAAACCAACUCGGGCCGACAAGCACACGUGUCUGAAAUCACCGGCGCCUGAUUGCUUUCUGUUCGUGGCAAAUCGAUAGAUUCAUCGUGACAUCUGUGCUUUCGUUUGAUAUUCCAUUCGCACUUCCUUUUGUUUCGUCAGCCUGUCAUUUGAGUCACAGCCACUAAAAUGAAAUGUUUCCACGUGAACGACGUGUCAGAAGACGACAUUGCGGCACUCCCUGCUCUCCAUGCUGACGGCUUGAGCUAACCACAUACUUCACCGCCGUGAGUGCGGCCACACCAAUAAAGGCAACCCUUUGCAAAACAAGCUGACGGACUCUGUUU